CGGGAGCGCUGCUGGAGCCCGAGCCGAGCCGGAGCCACAGCUGGGCGGGCGGCCGGGCGGCCUGGAGCCGGACGUGUCCGGAGCGUCCCCGCAGACCGGGGCAGCAGGUCGUCCGGGGGCCCACCAUGCUGGUGACUGCCUACCUGGUUUUUGUGGGUCUCCUGGCCUCCUGCCUGGGGCUGGAGCUGUCGAGAUGCCGGGCCAAGCCCCCUGGACGGGCCUGCAGCAACCCCUCUUUCCUUCAGUUCCAACUGGAUUUCUAUCAGGUCUACUUCUUGGCCCUGGCAGCCGACUGGCUGCAGGCCCCCUACCUCUAUAAACUCUAUCAGCAUUACCACUUCCUGGAGGGUCAGAUCGCCAUCCUCUAUGUCUGUGGCCUUGCCUCCACAGUCCUCUUUGGCCUGGUGGCUUCCUCCCUCGUGGACUGGCUGGGUCGCAAGAAGUCUUGUGUGCUCUUCUCCCUCACUUACUCUCUGUGCUGCUUAACCAAACUGUCUCAGGACUACUUUGUGCUAUUGGUGGGCCGAGCCCUCGGGGGGCUGUCCACAGCCCUGCUCUUCUCGGCCUUCGAGGCCUGGUACAUCCAUGAGCACGUGGAGCACCAUGACUUCCCCGCUGAGUGGAUCCCAGCCACCUUUGCCCGAGCUGCCUUCUGGAACCACGUGCUGGCUGUAGCGGCAGGCGUGGCAGCCGAGGCUGUGGCUAGCUGGAUGGGGCUGGGACCCGUGGCUCCCUUCGUGGCCGCUAUCCCUCUCCUGGCCCUGGCUGGCUCCUUGGCCCUCCGCAGCUGGGGAGAGAACUAUGACCGGCAGCGAGCCUUCUCAAGGACUUGUGCCGGAGGCCUGCGCUGCCUCCUGUCGGACCGCCGCGUGCUGCUGCUGGGCACCAUACAAGCCCUGUUUGAGAGUGUCAUCUUCAUCUUUGUCUUCCUCUGGACGCCCGUGCUGGACCCACACGGGGCCCCACUGGGCAUUGUCUUCUCCAGCUUCAUGGCAGCCAGCCUCCUUGGCUCUUCCCUGUACCGCAUCGCCACCUCCAAGAGGUACCACCUGCAGCCCAUGCACCUGCUGUCCCUUGCUGUCCUCAUCGUCGUCUUCUCUCUCUUCAUGUUAACGUUCUCCACCAGCCCGGGCCAGGAGAGUCCAGUGGAGUCCUUCAUAGCCUUUCUGCUCAUUGAGUUGGCGUGCGGGCUCUACUUUCCCAGCAUGAGUUUCCUGCGGAGAAAGGUGAUCCCCGAAACAGAGCAGGCUGGCGUCCUCAACUGGUUCCGGGUGCCCCUGCACUUACUGGCCUGCCUGGGGCUCCUCGUCCUCCAUGACAGCGAUCGGAAGACAGGCACCCGGAACAUGUUCAGCAUCUGCUCUGCCGUCAUGGUGAUGGCUCUGCUGGCCGUGGUGGGACUCUUCACCGUGGUACGGCACGACGCCGAGCUGCGAGUGCCCUCACCCUCCGGGGAGCCCUACGCCCCUGAACUCUAGCCCUGGUCCGCGACGAGGGGCCCGGGGUGGACUCUUGACCCCGCCUCUCCAGGGUUGCACGGAUCUUGCUGAAACUGACUCCUGGCAGUGCUUUGGGUUGGGGAGAACGUGGGGGUGGUGGACUGGAAAGAGGGUGCCACAAGUUGCCUCUGUGUUGCUCCCUUUCCCCUUCCCAUUUAAAAAUAAACAUUUUUAGCUGA